CGGCAAUGGAGGCGCCCCCAGGCUAUGGCAUCAACUCUCUACGACCAUGGUUCAGAGGUUUGGGGCUUUGGGAGGAAAAAAGACACUGUUCCUUCUCUGGAUGACAUGAUUUUGGGACGUCAACUAAACCACCCGACGCGCGAACUCACACAUACGAAGUCACACUUAUUGUCCUCUUGCUGGGUGGGUGGGAAUCUUUCACAGCACCAAGCGCAUGUCGCUAAAGUUUUUGCCCCAUCACCCUUGGUCUAAAUCCAUAACCCCAACCUUUCCUAAUUCUUCCAAGGGAUCCCACGGCACCACAUUCUCACACUCUUCUCUGUCCAGGAUUCCAGAGACCUCCAGUUGUGGUCUCAAAUGCAAGAAGGGAGUUAAAAGAGAGAUCUUGGAUUAAAUACUGUAAGAUUUUGGAUGAACUGGGACGGCUUCUGUGUUAAACGCUCAAGCGUGUGUGCCCACUCUUUUCAUGCUCUAAUUGCACUUCUUUCACUUCCUAAUGCUCGUAUUUAAUAAAGUCAUCUGUGAAAAAAUGGAUAAUACUACUGGGAAUUAUCUGCAAGAUAAGUGUGAAAGUUUAUUUCUUUUUUUCCUCUUCUUUUUUUCCCUUCAAAAUUCCAGUUACUUUGUAAUUUUGAGGGUAUUUGCAAUGUGUUACAGCUCAUGAAAAGAUACGGACAUUAGUGAAUCUGAAAUGGACGAGUAUGAAGAUAAAUCUUAUGAAGAAUUGAAGAAUGGGAAUCUUAAUGUCAAAAAUUCUGACGAGACGUUUGCUUGCCCCUACUGCCCGAAGAGAAAGAAGAAUUAUCUAUAUAAUGAAAUUCUUGAGCAUGCUUCUGGUGUGGGCAAAAGUAGUUCAACAAAGAGAAGUGCAAAAGAGAGAGCUAAUCACCUUGCUUUGUUGAAAUAUUUGGAAAAGGAUUUAUGCCCAUCAAAACCUGUUCCCAAGAGUAGUUCAAAAAAGAAAAACUCAAAAGAGAAUGCUAAUCCCCUUGCUCCGGUGAAAUAUUUGGAAAAGGGUUUGGCAGGUCCAUCAACACCUGUUCUCAGGAGUGAUCCUCCUAUUGAUUGCAACCCCAAUGAGAAAUUUGUGUGGCCUUGGACAGGAAUUGUGGUUAACAUUCCAACAAGACGGACAGAUGAAGGAAGAUAUGUGGGAGAAAGUGGAUCCAAGCUGAGGGAUGAAUUGAAAAGUGGUGGGUUUAAUCCCAUAAGGGUUCACCCUCUAUGGAAUUUUCGGGGUCAUUCAGGCAGUGCUGUUGUGGAAUUCCAAAAAGAUUGGCCCGGGUUACAUAAUGCCAUGUCAUUUGAGAGAGUUUAUGAGGCAGAUCAUCAUGGGAAAAAGGACUGGUAUGGUGUUAGUGGCCAAAAAUCUGGUCUUUAUGCUUGGGUCGCCCGUGCGGAUGACUACAGUUCAAGUGGGAUUAUUGGGGACCACCUACGAAAGAUUGGGGAUAUUAGAACCAUAUCUGGAAUUAUGGAGGAAGAAGCCCGAAAGCAGGACAAGCUUAUAUCUAAUCUGACUAACACUUUCGAGCUGAAGAGCAGGCACUUGAAAGAGAUGGAGGAAAGAUGUAGUCAAACUUCAGUCUCCCUUCGGAACUUAAUGGAAGAGAAAGAUAAGCUCCUUCAAGCUUAUAAUGAAGAUAUAAGAAAAAGACAAAUGAGUGCAAGGAAUCACUUUCAGAGGAUUUCCAAUGACCACGAAAAGAUUAAAUUGCAACUUGAAUCUCAGAAAAAAGAGCUUGAGAUGCGUGGGAUGGAAUUGGAAAAGCGUGAUGCGCAUAAUGAAAGCGAAAGAAGAAAGCUUGCUGAAGAAAUUGAGAAGAAUGCCAUAAGAAAUAGUGCUCUGCAAUUGGCCUCUUUGGAGCAACAAAAGGCUGAUGUAAAUGUAUUGAAACUGGCUGAAGAUCAGAAGAGGCAAAAGGAAAAACUCCAUAACAGAAUAAUUCAACUGGAAAAGCAACUGGAUGCAAAGCAAGCGCUGGAAUUGGAAAUAGAGCAACUGAGAGGGACAUUAAAUGUCAUGAAGCACAUGGUAGAUGAUGGAGAUGUAGACGUAUUGAAAAAUGUGGAGACAAUACUUAAACAGUUGCGUGAAAAAGAAGGAGAGCUUGAAGAUUUAGAAGAUUUGAACCAAGCUCUAAUAGUGAAGGAGCGCAAGAGCAAUGAUGAGCUGCAAGGAGCUCGAAAAGAAUUAAUUAAUGAAUGGAAAGAGAUAGAGAUCCAUGGUGAUAUUGGGGUUAAGAGAAUGGGAGAACUUGACGAUAAACCAUUUCGCGAAGCAAUGAAGAGAAAGUAUGAUGAGGAAGAAGCUGAUGAGAGAGCUUCAGAACUGUGCUCACUGUGGAAAGAAUAUAUGAUGGACCCCGAUUGGCAUCCUUUUAAAUUUACUACAGUUGAAGGGAAACAGCAGGAAGUUAUAAAUGAUGAAGAUGAGAAAUUAAUAGGUUUGAGGAAUGAAUUGGGUGAUGAAGUUUACCAGGCCGUGACUACUGCUUUAAUGGAGAUAAAUGAAUACAACCCAAGUGGACAGUAUAUAACAUCUGAAUUGUGGAACUACGUGGAGGGAAGAAGGGCUACACUUGAAGAAGGAGUCAAAUCUAUACUGGAGCAAUGGAAAGGAUCUAAACGCAAAAGGGGAAUGAGUUGAAGGAAAUGAUAUUCCCGGCUCCAAAUGACAUAUCGCUAUGGAGAUGGAAUGAGCUGGCCCAUUUACUUGAGGGUGUUGUGCCUUUAAUGGCAUUUGUUCUUUGUAAAUUAUGGAAUUACAUUUUGUAGGGAUUUGCCGUUCUCCAUGAGACAACUAGUUGAAAUCAAACUACAGCCGUGGUUAAUCCAGAUUGGGCUAGGCCCGGCUUGGCUUCAGCUACGAAACAAUAUGGGCCGGGUGCUGCCUGCAGGCCCACAGUGCCUAAACAAAACCCUAGAAUUUACGAUACAAGUCAUUGCUCCUUGAAAUGGUAACCCAUCAGCCUAUCCCGCCGGAGCAAGAGUUUUCUGUGCUGAAAACCUAUCUCAUUCUUUCUAUGACUUAUUUCUCUAGCAUGCCGUCGCUUGUCCUAGGUUUUAAGCUUAUGUUAGCAGAGGGUUUGGGCUAUGAUUAUAAAGAGAGAGGGCUAGAGUGGGAUCCCAACAAAAAAAAGGAAAACCCAGUUCGAUCUGGAGGAGAAACUAAUGGAAGGUGCCGCCAACCCCGAAAGGGGAGGCUUUGGUGUCUGAAAUCUGACUCUUUUUCUUCCUUCUCGUAUUGGGUUUCUUCCCGCAAUGACAGAUCUUCCAAUUCUUUACACUUGAUAUGAGCUCCAAAACCCUUCAAGUCAUUUUUUUCCCUUUUUGUCGUGGCUUUCCGUUAUUUUUUUUCGUUUUGUUUUGUGCAUCUAUUGUAUUUGUGGUGAGAAAACAGAUUAUUUUUGUAUUCUCACCGAAACAACGAUGCCUACAGAGAAAGCCUUCUUCAUACUUGUCUGUUUUCUUAGAAUCACUUACAGGCGUGAUUAGGCAGCGGCCAGACAACCGUAGGGAUGGUAUCCACAGAAGACGAGUCAUUUCAUCUCGUUUUCAUCUACUAAACUCCAUCUCACAUCCCCAACAUCUUUCUUUGCAUCUUCUUUAUAAAGUUUUUCUCUUUUGGGGUCCAAAUUUUUCCUAAUUUCUUCGUUUGGAGUUGUUGGGUGUGAUUCUCUGAACAUUGUGGGAGGUGAAUCCAAUGGAAGGUGCGGCCAACCCGAAAAGGGAAGGCUUUGGUGUCUGCAAUAUGACUGUCUUUCUUCUCGUACUGGGUUUCUACCGGUAAUGACAGAUGUUCUAAUUCUUUUACACUUGAUAUGUCAUAUGAGCCCCAAAACCCUUUCAUGUCCUUUUUUUCCCUUUUUAUCUUGAUUUUCCUUCGUUUUUUUCGUUUUGUUAUGUGCAUCUGUUGUAUUUGUGGCGAGAAAACAGAUUAUUUUUGUAUUCUCACCGAAACAACGAUGCCUACAGAGAAAGCCUUCUCCAUACUUGUCUGUUUUCUUAGAAUCACUUACAGGCGUGAUUAGGCAGCGGCCAGACAACCGUAGGGAUGGUAUCCACAGAUGACGAGUCAUUUCAUCUCGUUUUCAUCUACUAAA